CUUUAUCACAAUACCAGCUUCAACUCGCCCACCUUCGACUACCUACUAUGCCCUCGAUACGCCUUCGAGAUUCCGACUCUGAUGCGGAGGCGGCUCGGCCUUCUUCAAUAUCCUCGUACUUCUUUCCCCUAGUCCUUAUUAUCCUCGCAUGUGCAGCCUACAUGUUCUGGAGACGGUCUACACGGCCUUCAGCCCCGGGAAUACCUUUGAAUAUAUCCGGCGAGCGUCCUGGUAUCAGAUUGUCGGAAGACGGCCCUCCAACUCACACAUUCAUCACCAACAAUCUCUCUUCCGAUUCUCUUCCCUCGCACGCUCUCUCUGAUCUUCCCGAGCUCCCAAAAUCCAGAGACCAGUAUCGAGAUCAGCCCCAGCAGCUACAUUCUUCCGAAUCAUCCUCUGCCUCCGGUGAUGCUUAUGUCGACCAUCCACUGGAAUCAGCUGCUCCUGGCAUGCCCAUGACCAGAUUCUCAACCCCCAAGUCAGGUUCUGGAGCGCUUAAUCCGUUCAUCACUGGUGCAUCUACCAGGAAGCCAAAGUCUGGCGGUGUAAAGGGCAUGCGACGGUCUCAGCGAGGACGAGCGCAGGGCGGUGCUGUUGAAGCCAGUGAUGACGAUGAAAGUGGGAGUGAUUCGGGUGCCGAGAUGAGCUCGGGUGGUCGUGCUAUCUUUGACAUUGGAGACGACGAAGAUGGGCCGUUGGGAAGAUAGAUGAUGCAUGUCGCUUGCAUGUGAGUAUGUGUGAUCAUAUGUAGGCUGCAAACUGCACGCGAGGACAGGUCGACAGGAGACGGGAGAGCCUGCAUGACCAUUGUCUUGACCUUUGAUCGUUCCCGCCUGUUUUUCAACUUUGAACCGUUAUGAAUGCAAUGCAAGCGUCGGUUGCACUCUCGUUCACGAUUACAGUGCACGCAAUCAGAUCCGCUGUGUCGUAGGUCUAGCAGGUCGGGGGCAGGAGUUGAAUGGCUGUCCAGCUGCUGGUAUUGCUCUUGUAAUGAUCGCACUUCCUUGCGGACAAUUGCGUUUGUUCAAGUGAAGCUUAUGGUAGUUGUGC